AUGAUUCUCAACAAUGAGCACACUCUCCAAGGCUUCUCUGUCAAAAACAAGACGGAUCUCCUGCCGCCCGUGCUGGGGCUCUCCUCAGAGACUCCAGUCAUGGGGGAAGGUCAAGCCACAGGCAUCGGGGAGAUGGAUGGGGAGCUGACCGCAGCCCCAACACCUGAGCAGCCAGACCGAGGAGGCGCCCACUUCGUCAGCACAGCACCCACUCUUAAGCUUCUCAACCACCACCCGCUUCUGGAGGAAUUUCUCCAAGAGGGGCUAGAAAGGAGUGAGGAAGUACCGAGGCCGGCCCUGCCCUUCCAGCCAGACUCACCUACACCCUUCACGCCGAGCCCCCUCCCCCGCCUCACCAACCAGGACAGCCGCCCAGUCUUUACCAGUCCUACCCCAGCCGUGGCUGCAGCACCCACCCAGCCCCACCCCAGGGAGAAACCUUGGAACCUAGAGUCAGAGCUCCUUGACCUUCAUGUCACGUCUCCCCUACCUCCGGGACCUAGUAUGGCAGUGCCCACCCUGCACCCGGAAGACAGACCCAGUACUACACCCCCAAGUCGAUCAUGGACUCCAGCCCAAGAGGGUCCCAGGGACAUGGGCAGACCUUGGGUUCCAGAGGUCAUGUCUAAGACCAACGGGCUUGGUAUCGAGGGGACCACGGCCACCUCCACAGCUUCAGGGGAUGACGAAGAGACCACCACCACCCUUAUUACCACCACCAUCACCACAGUCCAGCCUCCAGGCCCCUGUAGCUGGAAUUUCUCAGGCCCAGAAGGCUCUCUGGAUUCCCCCACGGCCCCCAGCUCACCCUCUGAUGUUGGCCUGGAUUGCUUCUACUACAUCUCUGUCUAUCCUGGAUAUGGAGUCGAGAUCAAGGUGGAGAACAUCAGCCUCCAGGAAGGGGAGACCAUAAGCGUGGAGAGCCUCGGGGGCCCUGACCCACUGCCCCUGGCGAACCAGUCCUUCCUGCUGAGGGGCCAAGUCAUCCGCAGCCCCACCCACCAAGCAGCCCUGAGAUUCCAGAGCCUUCCACUCCCUGGUGGGCCUGGCACUUUCCAUUUCCACUACCAAGCCUAUCUCCUGAGCUGCCACUUUCCCCGCCGUCCAGCUUAUGGCGAUGUGACAGUCACCAGCCUCCACCCAGGAGGCAGCGCCCGCUUCCACUGUGCCACUGGCUACCAGCUGAAGGGUGCCAAGUUUCUCACCUGUCUCAAUGCCACUCAGCCCUUUUGGGAUUCCCAAGAGCCUGUCUGCAUUGCUGCGUGUGGCGGAGUGAUUCGAAAUGCCACCACUGGCCGCAUUGUCUCUCCUGGCUUCCCCGGCAACUACAGCAAUAACCUCACCUGCCACUGGUUGCUGGAGGCUCCUGAGAGCCAGCGGCUGCACCUGCACUUUGAAAAGGUCUCCCUGGCAGAGGAUGACGACAGGCUCAUCAUCCGCAAUGGCGACAAUGUGGAGGCCCCGCCAGUGUACGAUUCCUAUGAAGUGGAAUACCUACCCAUCGAGGGCCUGCUCAGCUCUGGCAGACACUUCUUUGUGGAGUUCAGUACUGACAGCAGCGGGGCGGCGGCAGGCGUGGCCCUGCGCUAUGAGGCCUUCCAGCAAGGGCACUGCUAUGAGCCCUUUGUCAAAUACGGCAACUUCAGCAGCAGUGCACCCUCCUACCCUGUGGGUACCACCGUGGAGUUCAGCUGUGACCCUGGCUACACCCUGGAGCAGGGCUCCAUCAUCAUCGAGUGUGUUGACCUCCAUGACCCCCAGUGGAAUGAGACAGAGCCAGCCUGCCGAGCCGUGUGCAGCGGGGAGAUCACAGAUUCUGCGGGCGUGGUGCUCUCUCCAAACUGGCCGGAACCUUAUGGCCGAGGGCAGGACUGCAUCUGGGGUGUGCAUGUGGAGGAGGACAAGCGCAUCAUGCUGGACAUCCGAGUGCUGCGGAUAGGCUCUGGGGACGUGCUGACCUUCUACGAUGGCGAUGACCUGACAGCCCGGGUCCUGGGCCAAUACUCAGGGCCCCGUGGCCACUUCAAGCUUUUUACCUCCAUGGCUGAUGUCACCAUCCAGUUCCAGUCAGACCCUGGGACCUCGGCGCUGGGCUACCAGCAGGGAUUUGUCAUCCACUUCUUUGAGGUACCCCGCAAUGACACUUGUCCAGAGCUACCCGAGAUCCCCAAUGGCUGGAAGAACCCAUCACAGCCUGAGCUGGUGCACGGCACCGUGGUCACCUACCAGUGCUACCCUGGUUACCAGGUGGUAGGAUCCAGUAUUCUCAUGUGCCAGUGGGACCUAAGCUGGAGCGAGGACCUGCCUUCAUGCCAGCGGGUGACAUCCUGCCAUGACCCAGGGGACGUGGAACACAGCCGUCGCCUCAUAUCCAGCCCCAAGUUUCCUGUGGGGGCAACUGUGCAGUACAUCUGUGACCAGGGCUUUGUGUUGACCGGCAGUGCCAUUCUCACCUGCCAUGAUCGGCAAGCUGGCAGCCCCAAGUGGAGCGAUAGGGCCCCCAAGUGUCUCUUGGAACAGUUUAAGCCAUGCCACGGCCUGGGCGCCCCCGAGAAUGGUGCCCGCAGCCCCGAAAAGCGGCUCCACCCAGCAGGAGCCACCGUCCACUUCUCCUGUGCCCCUGGUUAUGUGUUGAAAGGUCAGGCCAGCAUCAAAUGUGUGCCUGGACACCCCUCACAUUGGAGUGACCCCCCACCCAUCUGUAGGGCUGUUGCCAAGGCACCUGCCACCUCCAGUGCCCUGGAUGCUGCCCACAUGGCAGCUGCCAUCUUCUUGCCAUUGGUGGCCAUGGUGCUGCUGGUGGGAGGUGUGUACCUCUACUUUUCCAGGUUCCAGGGGAAAAGUCCUCUGCAACUUCCCCGAACUCAUCCUCGUCCUUAUAACCGCAUCACAGUAGAGUCGGCAUUUGACAAUCCGACUUAUGAGACUGGAGAGACGAGAGAAUAUAAAGUGUCCAUCUAG